UGAAGAAAAUUGACCAUAAAGGUCGACUUUGGUGGAUGUGAAGAUUUUAAAAGUAGUUUUUUGAAGGCCAGCCCGACGCAAUGCGUCGACGCUGCUGACGCAACGCGUCUGGAUGCGUCUCACUCUAAGCACGUUACCACAGCUUGCCGUCUUAGCGAAGAUUUUGUGCCUACUGAUGGUGGUGAUGUGCGGGGCGGUGCCGGCAAUGGUGCGCUCCGUAAGUCUCUACUCGACUUGCAGCAGCGGCAAUAUUACCGUGAUUGGACGCACGAUUAAAGCAUUAGCUCGUGAUGAAAUGAUUGCACCUUUUCAAAAAUUGACGACACAGUCUGAUGACUUCAGUAGGAAGUUGUACAUCUUUGCCGAGAAAUCUCAGCGGUAUAUUUGUUUCAACAAACGCUGGAAACCUGUUGCUCUGCCAAAAAAACAGCGAGAUGCAAUGUGCCAGUUCUACGAGACCUACAAUGGACCUUACCUAAGAUACAAAAGUGCAGUAGAUAGUUCGAAAUACCUUGGAUUUAAUAAAUAUGGGAAACCAAUAAAAGGUCAACGUGGCAGAGCAGAAUGUUUCAAUUUUAUGAAAUUUAAUCCAAGUUUCAGCAUUAACGAUCACAACGAUUGGAUGACUGGUAAUACCGAUCACAAGAAGCGUGAUUUAAUUCACAGAAAACACCAACAGAUUCACGACCAUCAGUAUCAACAUCAUCAAUUAGGAUUGGUACGAAAGCGAAAUUACCUUCAAGCUGAUCAAGUGCCAAGAGAAUUAACGACACAACAUCGUCAUCGACAUACGAAUCGAUUAAAGCAUGACGAUUUAUUACACGCUAGUCCACGAAGACGACAUCCUGCUCAUUUAUCGGAUUUGAGUAAAUAUUGAGCCACUAUUUUUUCAGGAUAUAAAAAAAAAAAUAAAUAAAUAAAAAAAUAUGGCUCGAAGAUCAAGACUGCCUCUCUUAAAAGUUUAAAUAAAAUGCGACUGCUAAAUGUAUGUUUACUGGGCCUGUAUGAUAAACAUUGGCCAAAGUCGCGUUUUAUCGCCCUCAAAUAUGCCUGCGUAAUAAAGCCUAUAUAUUGUCGUCUGUAUGUAUAUAUAAUUACAUACAAGCUGCUAAAAUCGGUACAUAGGGGGUGUUAUUUAAGUUUAUUCCUUUGAUAAAACAAUUAUUAGAUAAUUUUCUACAUUAUCGACAUUAUUUAUAUUAUGUGUACACAAUGAUAAAGGAAUA